CCGGGGCGAGGCGGCCCGGGCGUGUGAGCGGCUCGGCCUGCUGCGCGUGUCGUCGUGAUCCACGCGGGGCUUGGCAGGACACUGCGCCGCGCGGACGGCCUCGCCCGAACAAGCCCGCGCUCCGAGGCCGGCGCUCCUGGCGCACCUGCCCGCUGUCCGCGUCGGGGCUACGCGCGGCCCGGAGAGGCCGUCCUCCCGCGUCCUCCACCGCGCGGGGAGCCGGGCCGGGCGAGAGGCGGCGCGGAGGCCGGGGGCCCGCGCCCGGCCGCCGCCCGCGAUGCUGCUCUCCAAGUUCGGUUCCUUGGCGCACCUGUGCGGACCAGGCGGCGUGGAUCAUCUCCCAGUGAAAAUCCUGCAGCCAGUCAAGGCAGACAAGGAGAGCUUCGAGAAGGUGUAUCAGGUGGGCGCCGUGCUGGGCAGCGGCGGCUUCGGCACGGUCUACGCAGGCAGCCGCAUCGCCGACGGGCUCCCGGUGGCCGUGAAGCACGUGGUGAAGGAGCGGGUGACCGAGUGGGGCAGCAUCGCCGGCGUGGCUGUGCCCCUGGAAGUGGUGCUGCUACGCAAGGUGGGCGCGGCCGGAGGCGCGCGCGGGGUCAUUCGCCUGCUGGACUGGUUCGAGCGGUCCGACGGCUUCCUGCUGGUGCUAGAGCGGCCCGAGCCGGCGCAAGAUCUCUUCGACUUCAUCACGGAGCGGGGCGCGCUCGACGAGGCCCUGGCGCGCCGCUUCUUCGGGCAGGUGCUGGCCGCCGUGCGCCACUGUCACGGCUGCGGGGUCGUGCACCGCGACAUCAAGGACGAGAACCUGCUGGUGGAUCUGCGCUCGGGCGAGCUCAAGCUCAUCGAUUUCGGCUCGGGCGCGCUGCUCCGCGACACGGUCUACACCGACUUCGACGGCACCCGCGUGUACAGCCCCCCGGAGUGGAUCCGCUACCACCGCUACCACGGGCGCUCGGCCACCGUGUGGUCUCUGGGCGUGCUGCUCUACGACAUGGUCUGCGGGGACAUUCCCUUCGAACAGGACGAGGAGAUUCUGCGGGGCCGCCUCUUCUUCCGCAGGAGGGUCUCCCCAGAGUGCCAGCAGCUCAUUCAGUGGUGUCUGUCCCUGCGGCCCUCUGAGAGGCCCUCGCUGGACCAGAUCUCUGCCCACCCCUGGAUGAUGGGGGCUGAGGGGGGCACCCCGGAGAGCUGUGAUCUGCGGCUCUGCGCCCUGGACACGGACGAUGGGGCCAGCACCACGUCCAGCAGCGAGAGCUUGUGAGCAGGGCCUGCACCUGGCCGUGGGAACCAGAGGGGACCCCUGCCCUAUCCCCGGGCCCUGCGCUGGACCGGCUCUGCCGGGCUGUCUGCUCCUUGCGAAAGCAGUGAUCUCUGACCCCUGGUGACUUUUGCCUUUGGCACCGGCCCGGUUCCUUUGCUUUGAGUGCCUUUUCGAACGCUGCUCUCACGGGACUUAGUUUUCUCAAGCUCUGUCUGUCCAAAGACACUCCGGUCCAAGCCAGGUCCUGCCUGCCCACCGCCGGCGCUUGACCCGAGACCGUCCCUCUCCUGUGCUGCUCCGGAGGUGGCCCUGACCUCCCCGCCCCUCCACGUGUGACGUGUUGGACCAGGAGCACUCCCGUGUCCUGUGGCCUCGUCUCACAUGGGCACAGGGUCCCUCAUCAUGCCCCCCCCCUCGUGUCUCGGUGUUCGUCUGGGCACGUCUGUGCACAAGCAAUGCAACGUUCAGGCCUUGCUGCCCGCCCGCCCACCCGAUGCGUGUGCAAACGUCUUAUUUAUGGUGUGACCCUGAGGAGGGCUAUUUAUUGUUUAAUUUAUUUGUCGAGGUUCCUCCCUCCCAGCAGCCCUGUCUCCUCAAGGCCUGUGGGCAGAGGAGGGGGUGGCUGUGCUUGUGGACCCCAGGUCUCAGGCCUACCCGUGUCUGUCAGAAGGUGGACUUGUACAGUGGCUAAUUUAAGGGGAGUGGGUGACCCCGCCACCUUUCGGCUCUGCGCCCUCGGGGGGUGGGUUUUAAAUUAUUGACCUUGUACAGUCUGCUUGUUGGCUCUGGAGGCUGGGGGGUGGGGGGACAGAGUCUCAAGCCUUUAAUUUAUUUCAGCAGUUGUGUUUGUGUGAUCCCGGUGUGCGUAGGCACUGCGGAUAGGGUUUUCUUUCAGUUCAAAAGUGAGAUGUCUGGAAAUCAUAUUUUUUUAUACAGGUAUUUCAAUUAAAUCAUUUUGUAUUAAA